UAUGCCCACACUGCUGCGCACGCACUGUUUGCUGUUUGUGUGUUGUGAUCGUCGAAACAUGUCUGCUGUAUUAGAAAUCCUGUUCAAAAAUGAAAUUUGUCCUAUUGAAAUUGUAGAUUUCAUUACAGGUAGAAAUGUGAAGGCCAAUAAAGAAAGCCAACUGAAGGAACUACAGCUACAAUCAGACUUCCUACCAUUCUUCCUUAACUACCUUAGAGACAGUACAAGUCAUCUCAUCUGCUCUGUGAACUCCUCGACAAAUACCCCUGCUAAAACACCAACAAGUGCACAGAAACUACGUCAGUCUGUAAAGAAUUCCCAGCGACGACGAGGAAAUCGUACAAAAUUAUUUAGCCCCAAUGUAUCAUCACAAACUGAAAAUUCAUUCCAACAUUCAACACCUGAUUCAGAGAGUAAUUUUUCUCCGUCUAAUUGUUCGUACAAUACCCCAAGUAGUACAAAAAGUAACCAGAGUUCAUUAUCCCGAGAUAGAUCCAGACGAGAGGACAGAUCAUGGAGGAAAGACAGCAGUCCUUCCCCUCGUAUCAUAACACCAAAAAAAUCAGAACUUCUGACGUUAGGACAAUACCUGAAUACAUCAAAUUCUUUUGAAAGAAGUAUUAAGAAAAAGAGUCCUUCAGUUGUUGAGGUGGAGCAUCAAGAAUCUUCAAGUUAUCGCACUCCUUCUCCGAGCGGAUCUCGUAAGCGUUCCGGAGGGAAAAACAGAAGCGGGGGAAGUGGCCGAAGGGUGAAGAUCAUUCCACAAAAUACUGACACACCAACUACUUUUAGACUUGAUACACAAGAUUUUCCAUCCAUCAGUGCUGCAAAGUCUGUAAAACCAAGAAGAAUCACACCAACUCUUGUGAGUAAAGAUACUAGGAAUGAUAAUAAUGUUUUAUUCACAAUACCUUCUGACAAUGAACAUACCAGUUGUCUUAAUGGUAUUGAUGCAAUGAAACCAUUCCACAAUGCUUUUACAAGCCCGAUAAAAUCCUUGAAAGUGGAAAGAGAGCUUUUACGCCAGGUAAAGCUGAAAAGAAGCGAUACUUUACCUCAAGAAGAAAGUAUCAUGUCUCCAGGUAAAAUGGUUCCAACAACACCUACAAAACCUCUUUUAAGUACUAUGAUAACUACCAUCGAUGAGAUUGUUGCUAGGCGAAGCAUGGUUACACAUUCUGAAAAACUAGAUGUUUUAGCUGAACUGUAUUCCAGGUUUCUAAAAGAAUGUCUUAUUCCAAACUUACCAGUUGAGAUAUAUUUCUUGGUGCAGUUACUGACAUCACACGGAAGUGAGCCAGAUGAUAUUGCCACUGUUUUAGUGAAUCGAGAUCUUGAAGAUAUCAACUAUUUGUCAACAAUACACAACUGUGUAUACUUCGCUGUAAAGGUGUUAGAGGGACAAUCAAGACUCUUGUCACUCCUAGAUGAAACAACAAUGAAAUUACUUUCAGAAAAUGACAAUAUAUUGGAGUUUAGCCCAAAUUUCAAUGAUCAGUUUGUGUCUGAACCAAGUAAUUGUGGCAGCUCAGCAACACUUCCAGUAUUUACAUCGCCAGUUAACGCCGUCCAUUUCUCUGCCGACACUGAUAACAGGCAAAAUUUUCCAUCAAACCAAUCGUUCCAUGGAUUUAAAAAGCAAAGGGAUCAGUUUUAUGAAUUGCUGCGUGAAUGGGAGGACAACCACAGGUUACCUGGCUGGAACAUGAAAGAAAUGCAAGCCACACAGAUCAGAUCAGUGAUAAAGCAAGCAACAGAUCCCACCAAUUACAUACACUUUGCAAGGCUCUUCAGAUCACAACUCAUCACAAUGUGCCACAGUAACUCUACAUUCUUGACUGGUUCUGAUACUGAAGACCAACAAUUACUCAGCCAGUUAAAGAAAUCCAAUCCAGAAAAAUUUAAAAGACUGCAGGAAAGAUUUUUCAUGCCAUCUAGAUCCGUUGGCCCAUGCCCUCCCCCUAGCUUCAAUGGCUGUCAAGAAUUCUUCCGAGACUUUAUUGUGUGCGCUGAGAGUUAUAUAUUUAAUCAGCACCUGAUCGACAGUUUCUCAGCUAAGAUUAUAGAGCUGAAUGACAUGUCAAUCAUCUUUACUGACAACCAGGAUGAACUACUAAAGGAGGAGCAGCGGGAGAAUUUCAAACUGAGCCUUAAGACGUUACGUCUCUUGAGUAAGUUCCUAGGUUUUGUGGUAUUCCUGCCUUAUCGCGGUAACAGUACAUCAACAGACAGUGUCGGCGAUGAAGUUAUUAAUCUGAGAAACAAGAGCCAACCACCUCUAGAUCUGUGUGCUUACGUGACAGCAUCAUUCGUUGAGCAUCGCUUGGUUUUCACUAUCCCUUGGGUUGUUGAGUUCUUGAGUAUGAUGGAUUCCACUUCACCUCACCUACUCUACUACCAGAAUUUAAUUAUUACCUUAGUGGACAUCUACAGAUUUUUAGGCUUACAGUUUUCGAUUGAGGCUAACACAAGCUGGUUCUUUCUAAUUUGCAUCAUGGGAUGGCUCUUCGAACUUCCCAUGUUCCCACCUGCUCUCUUCUUCAACGUCUUCUCUAGCAACCACCAACCAUCAUUACCGUCUCUAAGACCAAACUCCAAAGAUGUCAUCUUUUUAGAUGCGCUGAAUAUAGUGGAUCGCAAACUACUUUACUCAUGCUGUCCGUAUCUUGCGGAGGUCAAAAUUCUUCUCACUCGGACCAUGGUUGGGGUGGGUAGCAAGAGUACACCUAUGAAGAAGAUCACCCCAGUGUCAGCCAAUCCCCCGCCAAAGCCGCUCAUUACCGAGAAGCCAAUACAGGUUCAACUAGAAGAUAAUUUCUUUGAUAACCACUCCCCAUCACUAAAGAAAACUGUAGAGUUUGUUUCAAAGAGAAUCUCAUCAAAUUGCAUAAAAAGUAUCAAUGCCAACCUUGUGACACACCACCUGGCUGAGGCAACUAAGGCCUUGAAAGCUCUGGCAGGUGUCGGUAGCAACGGUGUCGGUAGCAACGGUGUCGGUAGCUGUGCUGUUAGUAGCGGUAGUGGUGUAGAGGUUGAGAACCUGAAUUCAAAGAUGGUUGAAGUUGAAAAACGGGAGAGCAGCAUCACUCAAGAAAAGGCCAUCUCAUUUGCCCAUGAGUACGUUCUGUUUAUCAUAUUUACGUUAAUGUUAAACUUAAAUCUCAUACCAAUUAUAUUUUUUUGUUGUUUCCCAUUCACAAUGAUCUAA